CCCCACUCUUGUCGAAAUGGUAAUUUUCAUGUUGAAAGGUUGGUAGAAGGAAGAACGUUAAAAUUGGGUGUUUGUUGUGCUUGUUUAUUCGUUCCUUCGUGACUUAAAUUAUAAACAAAUUAACAGUUAACAAUGGCACCAGUGGACGUCGAAGCACCUCCGAUGGAUAAUCAGCUGCGGAAUUUAAUUUUAUCAGGGCAUGUGGGUUUUGAUAGUUUACCAGACCAACUGGUAUCGAAAAGUGUCCAAAACGGCUUUGUUUUCAACAUCAUGUGUAUUGGUGAAACUGGGUUAGGCAAGUCAACUUUAAUGGAUUCGUUGUUUAAUACGAACUUUGAGGCAGUUCCAAGCCCCCAUACUUUGCCCACAGUCAAACUAAAGGCACACACUUAUGAAUUGCAAGAAAGUAACGUGAGACUCAAGUUGACAAUUGUGGACACUGUGGGGUAUGGAGAUCAGAUCAAUAAGGAAGACAGUUUUAAGGCAAUUGUUGACUACAUUGACGCCCAAUUUGAAAACUAUCUUCAAGAAGAGCUCAAAAUCAAACGCUCUCUUACAACGUUUCAUGAUUCGCGUAUCCACGUUUGUUUAUAUUUUAUUUGUCCCACAGGACACGGCCUGAAAUCCAUUGAUUUGGUUUGCAUGAAAAAACUUGAUCAAAAAGUCAACAUUAUUCCGAUUAUAGCAAAAGCUGACACUAUUUCCAAGACAGAGCUUCAGAAAUUCAAGACCAAAAUCGUCGCAGAACUCCAAAAUAACGGCGUUCACAUUUACGAAUUCCCAGUUGAUGAUGAAACAGUUGCUGAAGUAAAUAGUACCAUGAAUUCUCAUGUACCAUUUGCUGUGAUUGGCAGCACUGAUUUUGUCCGUGUUGGUAAUAAAAUGGUGAGGGCCCGGCAAUACCCCUGGGGGACAGUCCAAGUCGAGAAUGAGUCUCAUUGCGAUUUUGUGAAAUUACGCGAAAUGUUGAUCAGGACGAACAUGGAAGAUAUGAGAGAAAAAACUCACUGUCGUCAUUAUGAACUUUACAGACGAAAACGUUUGGAACAGAUGGGUUUCAGUGAUGUUGAUGCUGAUAAUAAACCAAUCAGCUUCCAGCAAACUUUCGAGGCUAAGAGGUCCAAUCAUUUGCAAGAAUUGCAACAAAAAGAGGAUGAAAUGAGACAAAUGUUUGUAGUGCGCGUCAAGGAAAAGGAAGCCGAGUUGAAGGAAGCGGAAAAAGAGUUACAUGCGAAAUUUGAUAAACUGAAAAAGGAUCACACUGAUGAGAAGAAGAAAAUUGAAGAUAGUCGUAAGAAGCUCGAGGAUGAGAUUGUGGAGUUUAACAGACGCAAAGCCCAGUACCAACAAAUGGGCACAAGUCACCAUACUCUAACCUUGGGAAAAAGUAAAAAGAAAUAGGCUUGUUGGAUGGAUUUUAAAAUGUUUAUUGAUUACGCAAUUUUAUCUAUAUUUAUUAUUUUAAAUUAGUGAUUUCUGUGCUUGUUCUGUGUAGUUGAAAAGUAUAUUUAUUAUGGAAAUUCAUUACAACUAUAGACCAAAGUAUUUUUAAAGUAAUACAGCGAAUUUGUGUCAAUGUAAGCGUCGCGAUUUUGUGUAUUGCGUUUUCUUUUUAUAUUUUUUAUGACUAAAAUAUAGUUUUUUAUUCUA